AUGGCGUCGCUGUGGAACCGAGAAAAAUUGCGGCAGCUCGCCGACAAUGCACGAGCCAGCGCCUCCAAGCUUGGCACUCAGCUCCAGCAGGGGGUGCAGAAUGCGCAGCAGCAGAUGCCCGGGCGCACGCUAUCCCUCUCAGGGAACGGCGAGGGGAGCCAGGCGCCGCAGCCAGCGGCGGCGGCGGGAGGCGUGCCGCGCACCGCCAGCAGCGGGCUGAGCAGCCUGUCGCCUGACGAGGCCAUCCACCUGCUGCAGAGCCAGAACAAGGCGGUGCGGGAGCGGCUGCACGCAGCGCAGGCGGCGGCAGAGGAGAACGCCCGCCUCAAGGCCGAUGUGCAGCAGCUGUGCCAGCAGAUGGAAGCGGAGCAGGUGCGGCGCGCGGCGCAGCAGCAGGAAGCGAUGGCCGCGCUGCAGGCCGCGCAGCAGCAGCACGCGGGCGAGGUGCAGCAGCUGCGGCAGCAGGCCGCCCAGCUCAAGGGCGCCGCCGCUGCCGCCGCCUCGGCCGCGGAGGCUGAGCUGGAGAGCACCCGCGAGGCGCUGCGCCAGCAGCGCCAGCAGAACGUGCAGCUGCGGGGGGCGGCCGCCGAGGCGGAGGCGCUCAGGCGCCAGCUGGCAGAGGCGCAGGAGGCGGCACAGCAGCGGGCCGCGGCGGCGGCGGCAGAGGAUGGCGCGGCCCCGCAGGGCGCUUCCGCUGCCGCAGCCGCGGCGGCCAUAGCAGAGAACGAGCGGCUCACGGAAGAGGUGCAGCGGCUGAUGCAGCAGCUGCAGGAGGUGCAGGCGGCCGCCGUGCCGGGCGCUGAGGCGUCUGCCGCCGCUGCCGCGCCUGGCGAGGCGGAGGGCCGCGUGGCGGCGCUGCAGGCUGAGCUGGCGGCCGCCCAGGCGCAGGUGCAGGUGUUGCUGAACGAGCGGGAGGUGGCUGUGCUUGACCAGCAGCAGCGCGCGGAGGCAGCCGCGUCGGAAGCCGCCGCGCUGCGGCAGCAGCUGGAGCAGCAGCGGCAGGAGGCGGCCGCCGCCGCCGAGGCCCUGCUGCGAGAGCAGGAGGAGCGGCAGCGGGGGCUGGCCGCCGACAACGCCGCCCUGCGGCAGGCGGUGGUGGCACUGGAGGGCGCGGCCGCGCAGCAGGCGCAGCGGGCGCAGCAGGAGCUGGAGGCACAGGCCGCCGAGCUGGCGGCCGCCGCCCAGCAGGAGCUGCGGCAGCAGGCGCAGUGCGCCGAGGAGGAGGCGGCGCGCGAGCGGCAGCAGCUGCUGGCGGCGCAGGCCGACAGGCAGGCGCUCACGCAGGCGGUGCGCCAUCUGGAGGAGGCCCUGGAGCAGCAGGCGGCCGCCGCCGCAGCCGCGCAGGAGGAGCAGCAGCAGCGGCUGCACGCCCUGGACCAGCAGCUGGCCAGCACGGCUGCGGCCGCGUCGCCGCUGGUGAGAGGGGGAGGCUGA